GGAGGAGGAGGAGGAGGAGGAGGAGGAGGAGGAGGGUGACUGAGUUGCAGCAGGUCUCCAGUCAUUCCGGGGCAGAAGGCAGAGGGAGAAGCCCGAGGACACGUCGUGGCGAUGCUCGUCUCCACUGCGCGCCAUCAUGGGCACCCGGAGCCCCGGGGACACUUCCGCGCGCUCGCGUGCCCGAGGACGCGCACACCUCUGGUGUCAAAAUGAACAGGACCGGCGGUGAUGGACUCCUCGUUUUUUUUUGUUUUUUUAUAAACACCCACGAUGAAGGCAGAAGGUCCGGCAGCAUCUGAAGGUCUGUGCAUGGCACCGCGCUGAGAGCCGCCAUGGAUCACUUCCCCCGGAGGAAGCGGGUCGGUCUGCUGAAGCCGCUGCUCAGCCUGUCGCUCGUGUUCGCCUCGUUCCUCAUGAUCCACAAGCUCAAAGUGGCAGAGAAGGACGGGCUGGCAGCGAAACACGCGCGGGACGCCAGCUGGUGCGGCUCCAAGUGUCCCCCCCUGAAGAAGGGAGCCAUGAAAAACAGUUUAGGGAUUUCCGACCCUCCGCAGCGGGUCUCCAACGCCACUCCUCCGGGUUCCUGGGACGCGCAGGUGCUCAACUGCAGCGAGGACGCGUCGGUCCGGACCAAGGACUGGUUCCGGCGCUUGGACCCGAGGUUCCACCAGUUCGUGCUGCACAGACACUGCCGCUACUUCCCCAUGCUCCUUAACCACCCGGAGAAGUGCGCGGACGACGGAGGAGGAGGAGGGGGGGUGGUGCACCUCCUCAUGGUGGUCAAGUCCGUUAUCGAGCAGCACGACCGGCGGGAGGCGGUGCGUAAAACGUGGGGCCGAGAGCACACGGUGGGUGGGAAGAGGAUCAAGACCUUGUUUCUGUUGGGGAGCCCGACGACCGGCAAAGACACCAAGAACCUCCAGAAACUGAUCCAGUACGAGGACAUGGUCUACGGGGACAUCCUCCAGUGGGACUUCAUGGACACCUUCUUCAACCUGACCCUGAAGGAGGUCAACUUCCUCAAGUGGUUCGACAUCUACUGCGCCGGCGUGGAGUUCAUAUUCAAGGGGGACGACGACGUGUUUGUGAACACGCACAACCUGCUGGAGCUCAUCGGCUUCAAGGUGGAGGAGCGCAAGGACGCCGACUUGUUCGUGGGGGACACCAUCUCCAAGGCGAUCCCGAUCCGGAACCGGCAAAGCAAGUACUACAUCCCCAAAGAGCUGUACGACAAGCCGUAUCCCCCGUACGCCGGAGGCGGGGGGUUCCUGAUGUCCUCCCCGCUGGCCCGGAGGCUCUUCGUGGUCUCCAAGGACCUGGAGUUGUACCCCAUCGACGAUGUGUUUUUGGGCAUGUGCUUGCAGAAGCUGCGCCUGGCCCCGGAGAUACACCCGGGCUUCCGGACCUUCGGCAUCACCAGGCGCAAGGUGAGCCCCAUGAACAGCGAGCCGUGCUUCUACCGGAACCUCAUCGUGGUGCACAAGCUGAGCGCGCAGGAGCUGCUCGGGAUGUGGAGCGUGGUGCACAGCGACGCGCUGGUGUGCGCCCAAAGGGCGCCCAUGUGAGGAGGACUGUGCACGUGAGGACGUCCACGUGAGGACUGUCCACGCAGAGAGACAUCAGGCCGGGUCCACUGAACUGAAGUAACUCACCAAAGCUGAUACCCAAUGCACCAGGAGACUUGUGGUCAUAGAUGAUGGUCUUUACGCAUCUGGACUCAACCCACCGAGUCCUGUAUCUAAGGGAAGCCACAACAAUGAUAUAUA